AUGAUGUAUAAAGCUGUUGUCUACUUGGUUUUUUCUAUGUUAGUCUCUCCCUCACCCCAUAAGCUCCUCAGUCCUCAUAUUCCUUAUUUUAUAUUUUUCUUGUUUGUUUUUCCCCCUUUAGAAAUUACAAUGGCCUGAUCAAUGAUAUGUUUCCAAUUCGAUCCAUUGAUUAACCCUUUAUUCAAUUGAUCUGCUAUUGGGUACCGACAAAUAAUCAAAUUCGGAUCGAUGACGAAGAUUAGUCCCGAGUUUGAAGAAACUGUGCUCAUGGAGGGAAUUUUGCCAGUUUCAGUUGAUGUUAGCUUUGCUUCCAAUCAAUUUCCAAAAUAUAAAUUAGGACCUGACAAUCAGAUUUUAGAAGAUCCCCAGGAUGAAGACCAGGGCCCUUCUCUUAAAGAGGUUAUCGAACAGGAAACUGCCCAGUUGUCAGAGCAGCACAAGCGACUCUCAGUUCGUGACCUUGCUUGUAAAUUCGACAAGAACUUGUCUUCUGCCGCUAAGCUGUCUGAUGAGGCGAAGCUCAGGGAAGUGCCUUCACUGGAGGGACAUGUUCUUUUGAAGAAGCUUCGAGAUGCGUUAGAGUAUUUGAAAGGUCGUUUGGCUGGGCGAAAUAAGGAGGAUGUGGAGAAAGCUAUCUCCAUGGUGGAAGCUCUAGCUGUUAAGUUAACCCAAAAAGAAGGAGAACUGAUUCAAGAAAAGUUUGAAGUGAAAAAGCUGGCAACCUUUCUCAAACAGGCUUCUGAAGAUGCCAAGAGGUUGGUUAACCAGGAGAAGUCUUUUGCUUGCGCUGAAAUUGAGAGCGCAAGAGCAGUUGUUCAGCGAAUCGGGGAAGCUCUUGAGGAACAAGAAAAAAAUUCUGACGAAUCUAAUAAACAGGAAGUCGAGGGACUAGUAGAGGAAGUUCAAGAGGCUAGAAGAAUUAAACAAUUGCAUCAACCAAGCAAGGUGAUGGGCAUGGAACACGAGCUUCGUGCACUAAGAGCUACAAUUCGAGAGAAAACAAUAAUCUCGGCAAAGCUCCAAAGAGAGCUCACAAUGUGCAAAAGGGCUGCUGAGAACAAGUCUUGUUUAUACGUUUUAGAUGGUUCUGAAACUCUAGGUUCAUUUUUGAGAAUCAAAUGUGCCUCAGAUGCAGCACCUCCACUUUCGAAAUGUUUGAUUCAAUGGUAUCGGAUGUCAUCAGAUUGCAGCUGGAAGCAAGUAAUUACAGGUGCCACCAAGUCAAUCUAUGCCCUGGAGCCGCUUGAUGUCGGGCGAACCUUACAAGUAGAAGUUGUGUCUAAUGGCCAAAAAGUGAUCAUGAUGACAACUGGUCCCAUUGAAAGUGCUGCAGGGGUCGGAACACAUUUUGAGAUGCUGUUGCGAAAAUCGAACUCGGAAUUCAAUGUAACAAUAUCCCAGAUGAAUGGACAAGAUUAUGCAUCAAAUUCUGUUCAUGUAUUUCAUGUUGGGAAAAUGAGAAUGAAGCUAUCCAGAGGUUGGAUUACCAAAGCUCGGGAAAAUUAUUCGUCGUCGAUGCAGCUAUGUGGAGUUAGAGAUGACCGAAAUACCGCAACCAAGGCAUUAUUCUGGCAAGGAAGAAAGGGACUCUCUUUCGUGUUGACGUUCGAAUCGGAGCGAGAUAGAAACGCUGCAAUCAUACUUGCCAGGAAAUUCGCCAACGAUUGCAAUGUGAUGUUGGCUGGACCAGAUGAUCAAGCAUAGAAGUGAAAACUAACCAACUGAUCUUUCUCUUAGAUGUCUCAGUUUUUCCCUUUUUGCCCCUUCUUUUGGUUAAUUUUGAAAGUAGGGUUUUUUUUAGGAGUGUGAUAGUAAUAUGGUUUGUGAGUGAAGAAAAAUUGGCUUAUUUGUAAUGUAAUUUUUUUUUAAUUUGUUUUUGUUUUCUUUUGUUUUUUUUUUUUCCACUAAUUAGGUUGAGUUGUUUUAGGCAUCCUUUUUUAUUUGCCUAAUCAUCUGUUGUAACAAAGCUUAAAAGUUUAUAAUCAAUUGGUUCAUUUGUGAUUGAUUUUGUUA